AUGAGCUUGGAAAAGAGCUCGAGAGAGGGCUUUCCAAGGGCUCUGCUAGAACUGGAAAAGGCUGAGAAGUCCUUCGAAAGGCGCCUAAUCGUCACACCACUGGGCGCAUGGUCAACGGUAGCCGGUGCAUGGCCGUUCGGCGUGACGCUAUGCGAUAUAUGGAUUUCUGUAGAUUCUUUGGGUCCGGGACCAAAUGACAUAUCCCGACUUUAUGCAGGAAUGACGGGCUUGGUAGGGAGCGUGGAGAUCUAUCCAGAU